UCCUCCUCUCACACACGCCAUAGCGAAGAGAAGAGAAAGAGAGAGAGGAGUUCUGGUCUUCCCUCUGCUUCCAUAUCCACCAAGUCUCAACCACUCAAGUCAGAGGGGAGGAAAUCACAAGAGGCCGUGUGCGCUGCUCUUCCUUCUCGGUCUUCGCGUGGUUUUGUGGGGAUUUGACCGUGCUGAUACGAGACGGAUGUGCCGACAAAAGCGCCUUCCCUGAAGUUGGAUACCGUGAACUGAGCGAAAGGUUUACUCUUACCUGGUAUCUUAAAGAGGAGCGCGGAAACGAGAUCGCGAGCCCCGUGUUUUACUGCGCUCGGAGCACCAUGAAGCUCCUGUGCUGGAUGGCGCUCGCGCUGCUGCUGGCGCAGACUGCACUGGCACAGCGUCGCAAACCUCGACCAAGUGAUGAUGAGAGUUCUGGAGAUGGACUUUUAGACGAUGAGGACUACUACUCUGGAUCCGGCUCUGGCUUUCCAGAUAUGGAUGUUAGACCUACUGCAGCAGGUGUGACUGUCAUUACAGAAGAGACCCUCCCACUUUCUACCACACACUCCACUGGCCCCGCCCCCUCUGCCUCCCCCGCCGCAGAGCCAAGUAGCCCACCUCCACCUGAGGUAGAACGUGAAAGUGGCUUGGGACAAGAUGUUGACGGAGAAAGCAUAUCGGAGACGGAGAGGCAGGAGUUUGAGGAAGAGAAAAUGACACGGUCGAAGGAACAGGAAAGAGAACAGGAAUCUGAGGUCGGAAUAAGUUUGAAUAAAGAGCAGGAUGGAGAACAGGAACAAGAGAGAUCGAAAGCUACGGUUGCCCCCCGGCUGACUGAUGUUCCUGUAGUGUUCGUGGACACAUCCACCCUUUUGGGUGAGACUACAGUGGCCACUAGUGACCUGGAGGACAUCGUCACCACAGAAGAAGAGGACGAUAUAUACCUUACUACAGAGCCCAUCAUGUUUGAGCUAUCCAGCACACUGGGGACAACAGCAGAUGACAUCACAACCACUGAGGUCAUCCCCACCACCGCUGAGUCCACCACUGCUAAGCCAACCAGACCACGUCCUGCCCCGACCACUCCGAGCACUGCCCCGGUGCGCCCCCGGAGACCACACACUACCCCGAGCAGAGCCGCCCCCACUGAGAGCAGCACUCGUUCAGUGAUGACCACAACACAGACACAAACACCAGAUGAAACUGUAAAUAAUGAAGUUGCAGGACCAGGUCCAACUGAUGAUUUUGAAAUCCGCGAGAAUGAAGUUCGCCAAGGCAAUGAGGUCGGGACAGGCAGAGGGGCGACUGGCGUGGCAGGAGAACCAGAUCUGACUGGUAACACAGUAGAUGCUGCUGGAAGCUCAGCCGCUCAACUUCCACAGAAGAACAUCCUCGAGAGGAAGGAAGUUUUGAUAGCGGUGAUUGUCGGAGGUGUAGUCGGAGCACUCUUUGCAGCAUUCCUCGUAAUGUUACUCGUCUACCGGAUGAAAAAGAAAGAUGAAGGCAGCUACACAUUGGAGGAGCCUAGACAAGCCACCGUCACCUACCAGAAAGCAGACAAGCAGGAAGAAUUCUACGCCUAACAUCCUUACGUACAACCUGCUUUAUCUCUCCAACCUUGUCCCGUCUCUAUCUGACCCCACUUCCCUUUCUUUUGAUAUCACCCCUUUUCCUUAGCUCCCUUUCUUCCCUCGUUUCCCCAUGAGAGUGCCUCUCAUUCCACGGACUUGGAACUUUCUUUUCCAAAAAAAAAAAAAGAAAACCUGAAAAAGAUAAAUGUAGAAAAAAUGGAAUAUGUUGUGGGUGGGGCCAGAGAGGCUGGGAACACAGAGAAGAAAAACUUUUUUAAGAACAUGUUAUUAUUGAUAUGUUUAGGAUUGUUGUUCUAUGAAAUUAUGACCUGAAUCUUUUUUUUGUAAAGACACUGCGUUUCAGACGUGUUUAAUGCACAACAUUAUGAGAUAAAAAAAAAAAAACAGCAUGAAAAAAUGAUGGAGAGGAAAAGAACACAGUUGGGGUCAUGGAGGGAUUGUGAAAGUCAGGUGAGAGGGAGAAAAAGGAGCAGAAAUAAGAGUUGCAUGGCAGAAGAAGAGGGGGAAUUUGGAGUCCGUACUCAAAAUCCUCUUCUGUCACCAAGGUCAGUGAUCCAACGUUGUGUGGUGCCUUCCAUUUCCCUGGUGCUAGAAACAGAGCUUGAGCAGAGCGAGUGUGUGUGCUUGCGCAUAUGUGUGCGAUUGUAUGUCUAAGGUGCCCUUGUGACCCCAGCCUAGACUCACACACACACGCACAGGUGCACACACUCGACCCGACUCCCUCUGCUGGAGAGAGCAUGUGUCAACACGACGGGACCGUCCGAUGGGAGCAGGGAGCCCGAAACAUGUACACAGCACAUUAAAAACACUAAAGAUUUGCUGUGAGGGAGCGCAUGCAUAGAAUCAUAGGACUAGCCUCUCCUCUGCUCUGUAUAAAGAUUUUAGUAAUCAUUAGUAAUAAUCAAUUGUAUAUCAGCAGCUCUGGAUGGAAGGAAAAUGGUGAUCAUAAUAUUCGUAGUGAAGGAUAUUAUCUAUUUAGCUGUGCAGUAAGGUUUUAUCGGUGUAAAUAUCAACACAUCUUUUUAUUUUUGUCAAGCUUUGAACCAUGCUACUGUAGUCAAAAUUAAACUCACAGAGACAUAUGCUAUCGAUAUCCAAUUUGUUGUCAGUUUAACCUGGAGAAAUGCUGAAACCUUUGCUCAGGUUUAGUAUUUUACCGUAGUUAGUCAAGCGUCUGGUUUUUGUUUUGAAAGCACAAGGUUAGUGUCUCAUGGCCACAUUCACUCGCAAACGGAGAAAUUUCCACUCGCAUACAUGCCACACAACAACCCCUGAUGAACGGGCAUGCUCAAAGACGGAUGUUGUAGGAAUGUGUUGAUGAAGACCUUGUGGGACAUUAUUGCUGUGGGUGUGUGAACGUAAACUUAAUGGUUUGGGAGAAAAAUAGCUUGUUUAACGUAAUGAUAUCUGAGCUGAAAGCCUUUAAGCAGUGCGAUUUCAGUGAUGGUCAAAAUUACUGUCACUUUUUCCUGUUUUAUUUGAUAUUUAUACGUCGGGAUACAUUUAAUU